GGGACGGAGCCAGCCAUUCAUUCGUCUGCGGUCCGGGAGGAGAAAACGUGGAGGAUGAAGAGGAGACUCUGAGAGGGGAAAAACAAACAAACAAACAAAAAUAAAAGUCCAGUCCGGAUCGAGUGCGACGGAAACUGCACAAAUCUCAGAGAAGAAGCAAGAAGAUCCUUCAGCUCGCUGGAUUUCAGAGGCGUCGCUGCAGAAUCGCACAGCCAGCAGUUACACGCUGUGAAGAGCGAGGAGGGACCUUUUACGCCACCUGGAUUUGACUGACCAAUCUUGCUGCCACAGGAUUCCACACAAGAGAGGCCUUCAAACAGCGAGCCCUGCGUAGCCUCUUCAGGGUGGCUGGACGGUGGAGUGACGCAACACGUGCAGGCGCAGUUCCGAUUGAAAACACGUGGAGAUAAAAACCUCGUUGAGAUAUCCGAGGCACGUCCGGGAAUCAUGUGCCGACACGAGCCAAAAUAAAGCAUUUGGUUUCUGUGGUGUAAAAUCAGUUCCUUCCUGACUCAGCCCGGACUGCUUUAUCUUUGCUUUAUCAAAGUGGGGCUUUGGCACACCUGAAUCUGAAUCCAGAUCACAGCUGUAAAGGUGUGUCUGAUGUGACGCCAGCGGGCUGGCUCAGGGGACGCAACUUCAGUACAAUGUAGACACCAAAAACCAGACAGAACAAGAGUCAGAACACCGAGCCGACAAACGGAGGGUGAGUCCAAGGCGGAGGAACAACAGCUGUGCCGGAACGACACCGGCAGAAGAUAAGAAGUGAAGGAAGCAGAGAGAAGAGAGGGAAGCAGCUGACUGUGAAUCAUUAACGUGAACCUUUUCUUACGCCUCCGCCAGAGAAGGAUCACAACCUGAGCUCUCUGCCUUUUGAGGGCGUCCGAGCCACAGUCCACCUUUCCACCUCUCGGUAAACCUGAACGGAGGGAGACUCCAGCUGCCGUCAGCAUGUGCCAUGUCAUUGUCACCUGCCGCUCCAUGCUGUGGACUCUGCUGAGUAUCGUGGCCGCGUUCGGAGAGCUCAUCGCCUUCAUGAGCACUGACUGGCUGGUGGGAUACCCCCGCACUCCAGAUGCCGUCUUCGGCCCCCAUGGGGCCACCGCAGCCGGAGAGGCCUACAGGCCCACUUUGGGCAUCUACGGCCGCUGUAUAAAACUGCCCCACCUGCAGCGCGGGAUACUGUGCGGGCCGUAUGCAGUGCACUUUGGGGAGAUUGCCAGCGGGUUCUGGCAGGCUACUUCUAUCUUCCUGGCAGCAGGGAUCCUGCUGCUGUGUGCCGUGGCGUUCAUCUCGGUCUUCACCAUGUGCUUCCAAAGCAUCAUGAAGAAGAGCAUCUUCAACGUGUGUGGACUGCUGCAAGGGAUCGCAGGUCUGUUUCUGAUCCUGGGUCUGAUGCUGUACCCUGCUGGCUGGGGUUCGGACAAGGUCCAGCUGUACUGCGGUCUCGACGCGGCUCCGUACCGGGCCGGGCUCUGCUCCAUGGGCUGGGCCUUCUACACCGCCAUGGGCGGCACCGUUCUCACCUUCAUCUGCGCCGUCUUCUCGGCUCAGGCCGAGAUCGCAACCUCCAGCGACAAGGUCCAGGAGGAGAUUGAAGAGGGCAAGAGCCUGAUCUGCCUCCUCUGAGGGCUCAGAUACUUUAGUCCUGUUGGGGAAAAGAGAAGAAGAAGCAGAAGAAGAAGAGGAAGCAGUGAGACAGGCCAGUAAGGAUCAACGCCUGCUCUUGUGCCUGUUCUCAUGAGGCUGGCUUGUGAAAAGGAGGCCCCUGCAUUGUUUACCACUAAAACUGACUCUUAUUUUGUCUCUGUUCUGUGUUUACGUGGGAGAAAUCUACAAGUGCCAAGUUUUUUCUCAGUGUGUGUCUUUGCCUUUCUGCCACUAGAGGUGCUGUGUCUGUUAUUGUAUUCAUGUGUAACCCAUGUGGAAGCCCAGACGGGCCUUUGUCUGUCACCACAUGCUCUGUAAAUAAGUGUGAUUAUAUAUAUUUUGUACAUAGUUGUGAUCGCAGAUUGAUGGUCAGCUUGAUCCGGGCUGGGCUGAUGAAGUCACUCUUGCCUUAAAAAACAAACAAACGAAAAAAUAACAAAAACAAAACAAACAAAAAAAAAACAACACUGGUGUUUUUGUCGCCAAGCCAUGACCAGUAAACCUGGAACUGUUUGCCACGUCUGAGUAUUAACUCAGCAAGGGAACCACUACACAGUCAGAAUAAACUACUCGCAGAAUCAAUGGCCUUUAGCUCAGAGUGGAUGUCCUUUAAAGCUUACAGAAUGUACUGUUAUAUGAAUGAUUCAUGUGUUUGCAGACCCUUGAAAUGUAUCGAUGAAACACAGACUGCGCGGGGACGAGCGGAGGAAGCCCCGUGGUGCGUCUCGUUCAUCCUGAAGUGAAGUGAGCGUAAUCCUAGCCUAAGCUGAAAGGUGACCCGUGAAGGGUCUCUGCCUGGUCCUCCGUCAGCAGACAUCCUGUAAUCUGUGCACAAAGACAUGGACUGAAAGAUGAGGACACAUAAAUGAAGUAUUGCUGUUACUAGUAAUGUCUGGUUUCAGGGAAUCUGUUGAGUCAUAGAUAGUGUCCUAUCUGUUCUCAUUUGUUUCUGCCAAACGAAUAAAAAGAA